AUGCCGUAUGUGCGAUUAACGGCAACACACAAUAACAGCGGCGGCACGCAAGGUAAUAGCGGCGGCACACAAGGUAAUAGCGGCGGCACGCAAAGUAAUAGCGGCGGCACGCAAAAUAACGGCAAUGCCAGCGGCGGCACACAAGGUAAUAGCGGCGGCACGCAAAGUAAUAGCGGCGGCACGCAAAAUAACGGCAAUGCCAGCGGCGGCACACAAAGUAAUAGCGGCGGCACGCAAAGUAAUAGCGGCGGCACGCAAAAUAACGGCAAUGCCAGCGGCGGCACACAAAGUAAUAGCGGCGGCACGCAAAGUAAUAGCGGCGGCACGCAAAAUAACGGCAAUGCCAGCGGCGGCACACAAAGUAAUAGCGGCGGCACGCAAAACAACGGCAAUGCCAGCGGCGGCACACAAGGUAAUAGCGGCGGCACGCAAAGUAAUAGCGGCGGCACGCAAAAUAACGGCAAUGCCAGCGGCGGCACACAAGGUAAUAGCGGCGGCACGCAAAGUAAUAGCGGCGGCACGCAAAAUAACGGCAAUGCCAGCGGCGGCACACAAAGUAAUAGCGGCGGCACGCAAAGUAAUAGCGGCGGCACGCAAAAUAACGGCAAUGCCAGCGGCGGCACACAAAGUAAUAGCGGCGGCACGCAAAGUAAUAGCGGCGGCACGCAAAAUAACGGCAAUGCCAGCGGCGGCACACAAAGUAAUAGCGGCGGCACGCAAAACAACGGCAAUGCCAGCGGCGGCACACAAGGUAAAAGCGGCGGCACGCAACGUAAAAAAUAA